UGUCUCCAAAGCGCUCUCUCUCUCUCUCUCUCUCUCCUUCGAUCUCGAUCUGUCUCACCGUUUCUAAUGGCGGUCAAACAUAGAACGAUAGACCGUUGAAAGAGAAGAAAGAAGGAAGAAAGCCAAGGAAACAAAACCCUCUUUAUCUACUCUCAAGCGGUUUUCCGACGCUUUCUGAGGUGGUUUCCGGCUAUGGGAAGGAUGGGAAGCAGCCGGAAAACCUAUUCUGCGUCGCCGGCGGACUACAAGCUUCUAGAAGAGGUCGGAUAUGGCGCCAGCGCCACCGUCUACCGGGCGAUCUAUCUCCCUCUCAAUGAAGUCAUUGCCGUCAAGUGCUUGGAUCUCGACCGCUGCAACAGCAAUCUGGAUGACAUAAGGAAGGAGGCUCAAACAAUGAGUUUAAUAGAUCACUCAAAUGUAAUUAGAGCAUACUGCUCGUUUGUUGUUGACCAAUGUCUUUGGGUGGUCAUGCCAUUCAUGGCUGAGGGUUCGUGCUUGCACCUUAUGAAGAUAGCAUAUCCAGAUGGAUUUGAAGAGUCUGUAAUUGGUUCUAUUCUUAAGGAGACUCUUAAAGCUCUGGAGUACCUCCAUCGACAUGGGCAUAUCCAUCGUGAUGUCAAGGCUGGAAACAUCCUUCUCGACAGUAAUGGGGUGGUGAAGCUUGGUGACUUUGGUGUCUCUGCUUGCAUGUUUGACAAGGGUGAUAGGCAACGUUCAAGAAAUACUUUUGUAGGAACUCCAUGCUGGAUGGCUCCAGAGGUUUUACAGCCAGGAAGUGGGUAUGAUUUCAAAGCUGACAUCUGGUCGUUUGGAAUAACCUCAUUGGAGCUGGCACAUGGUCAUGCUCCCUUUUCAAAGUAUCCUCCAAUGAAGGUUCUUCUGAUGACCAUCCAAAAUGCACCUCCUGGACUUGAUUAUGACCGAGAUAAAAAGUUUUCCAAGUCCUUUAAAGAAAUGGUUGCCAUGUGCCUGGUGAAAGAUCAAACAAAGAGGCCAACAGCAGAGAAGUUAUUAAAGCACUCAUUUUUCAAAAAUGCAAAGCCUCCUGAGCUUUCUGUAAAGAGUCUUUUAGCUGGCUUGCCACCACUUUGGGACCGGGUAAAAGCUCUCCAGCUUAAGGAUGCUGCACAACUAGCUCUCAAGAAAAUGCCUACAGCAGAACAAGAAGCAAUAUCUCAAAGUGAGUACAAGCGAGGGGUUAGUGCAUGGAACUUUGACAUUGAGGAUUUGAAAGCACAAGCAUCACUGGUUCAAGAUGAUGAUGAUCUGAUGGGAAUGAAGGAAGAAGAUGAAAACAUGAGAUUAUCAGUUAAUGAUAAGGAUUCGUCUGUUUACGGAUCUAGUUUGGGGAAAUCAAUUUCUACAAAUGACAUUAAUGGCAGGGGAAAUAGCAGUGGUGCUGAUUGGUCUGAAGCGAGGUGCUUGAUUGGUAAAGGAGAAAUUUUGGAAACCGAAUUGGCGGAUUCCAUCAACCAAGAAAAAUUCGACAGACAAAAGAAAGAUGGAUCAAGCAAUGGGCCAAUGUCUUCAACCUCAGAACGGGACAUGGGACAAGCCUGCCCUAAAACUCAAGUUGGAAAAACAUACCAAACUCAAAGUGGACCACUCGUACCUUCUAGCGUGCUUAGUCAUUCUUUGUCAGAACGGGAGCGCAUCCCUGAAAGGUGUGAAAGUGACAACCAACCAGCAGCUGAGAAAUAUAAGCGUAAUCCACGGAAAGCACCAAGCUUUAGUGGGCCUUUAAUGCUUCCAACCCGAGCUUCUUUAAACAGUCUAUCAGCUCCAAUAAGGUCUUCAGGAGGUUUCAGAGAUUCUUUGGAAGAUAAGCCAAAGGCCAAUGUGGUACAAGUAAAAGGCCGGUUCUCUGUGACAUCAGAAACUGUGGAACUUGCAAAGGAUCCAGUAUGUACAGGUUCACGAAGAUCUACUCAGGUUUCUCCUCUAAGAAAAUCUGCAAGCGUUGGUGAUUGGCUAGUUGAUUCUCGACAAGUGCCUAACUGUCUGUCACCCAAGGAAGUCAGCAACAGUGCAAUACCUGCAUCAAUUCUCGUGCCUCACCUUCAGAACCUUUUUCAUCAGACUGCAUUACAACAAGAUCUCAUCGUGAAUCUGUUGAAUAGCUUGCAACAAACUGAGAUAGUGGAUGGUUUUCAAACUGAGAAGUUGACUCGACAAACACGCAACUCAGAGAAUGAUACAUCAACUGAGAGCACAAGCUCAGAGAGAGAGCGGUUGUUGCUUAUCAAGAUCUCAGAGUUACAAGCCAGGAUGGCCAAUCUAACUGAUGAAUUGAGUGCAGCAAAGCAGAAGCACAUACAGUUACAACAGCAGCUAAAUGCUGCAUAUUGUCGAGAGGAAGAUAAGAGCAGAAGAGAAAAGGACAACUGAAAGAAGAAUAACAGAGAUUGUAAAAAUAGCAACGUGUAGAUUGAGCCCAUAUGUUUUCCCAUUUUAUUUUACUGGUAAGCGAUCGCCAUCACUCCUCAUAUUAGAGCCUGAAGAAAGAAGCAGACGAGGCAUCCCAAUUCCUUCGACCACAAUCACCGACUAUUUAUCAAAGGGACUUUCUGAGAGAAAUUGCAGCCUUCACAGAAGAUAAAUAAAUGAGAUUGUUCCUCAAGGUAUAUGUAUCUGUCGAAAACACUACCAAUUUCAUCUCGCUCUUCAUUCGUUCACAUGGAGAUAACAAUCAGCCCAUCACAUGUAAUGGUAAAGCCGCGUGGGCGAUUAUUUUCGAACCACUCACAUGUUUGUUAAGCUGCCAAUAGUCGUGGAGAUGGCGGUCGACGUGUAAUUGUGCAUCCAAUGACUGUAUUAUCAUCGGAAAUGUUGUUAGAAAUGUCUUUUUUGC